AUGGGUUCAAUUCGAAGGAGCAAGACGAAACGUAGAACAAGAGAUCUCGAUCAGGUUCACGCAGAUAUCAGAUCUGCAAAGCAUUUGAGCCAGCAUAAGAGCGCGAAACCAGCCGAAGACCGACCGGGCCUAGGCCAAUUCUAUUGUAUUGAGUGUGCGAAAUGGUUCGAGGGAGAGAUUUUGAUCCAGCACAGGAAAGGGAAGAAACACAAGAAAAGGCUUCGUGCGUUACGUGCAGAGCCAUACACACAGAAGGAGGCUGAAGCUGCCGUGGGGAUCAGAACGGACAACGGCAUCAGAAAUAACGCAUUAGCUGUGGCAUCUGGAGAGCAGCCAGCUGCCAUGGAGGUUGAGACUGCAGGUACCUGA